CAGUCUGGGCACUUGGUGACUUAGUGAAACUUUGUCUCAAAAAUUUUAAAAAAUAAAAUACAAAGGGGUAGGGAUGUAACUCUUUGCAAAGGCUGAGUUCAGUCCCCAGCAACACACACACACCCAAAGAAAAGUGAUAUUUAGAUGUCAUAUUCUCACAACUCUCUAAGGUAGGAACUGCUGUUAUUCCUGUUUUACAAAUUAAGAAAUGAAGGCUUAGAAGUGGUGAAAUUUGUUGAAUUACGGAAGUAUCCAGGCAGCCCACAUUAGUGGUAAGGUGUGAUGGAAGCGAUCCUCUGAAUAAAGACCAGAGCAUUUCCAUGUUGCUGGUUUUGGCAGUGUCUGUCCUCAGGGCCUUAGGCAGGGUGUUUCUGCCAGCGAAGCAGACUCAGGAGCCCUGAACCCUGGGUUCAGGGAGAUUCUUUUUACUACUAGGAGCUGCCUGGGGAAAGCUUGAUUACUUCUCUGGUUAACUUUAACAAUGAUUUCUUAAGGUCUUAGAGAUGACAGUCUCCACACUCUAAGGAAGAAGUCGAGCAAACAUUAAGGGAGCCCAGAGCGGAAGCUUUCUUAAAAGACAGCAAUGACGAGAGAGACCUGGGCCCACAGUGCUUUGCCACAAGAGGGCCUUGUGAAGGGAAAGGGUGAUACCGGGAAGUGGGGAGCUGGUUACCCCAGCAGCAGCUCCUCCAUGUGGGAGACGUCGCACAUGCAGUUCAGACAGUUGCGGUACCAUGAGACCUCCGGACCCCAGGAGGCCCUGAGCCGGCUCCGGGAGCUCUGUCGCCGGUGGCUGAGGCCAGAGGCACGCACCAAGGCCCAGAUCCUGGAGCUGCUGGUGCUGGAGCAGUUCCUGAGCAUCCUGCCCGGGGAGCUCCAGACCUGGGUGCAGCUCCAUCGGCCUGGGAGUAGCGAGGAGGCUGUGUCCCUGGUAGAGGAGCUGCAGAAGUACCUGGAUGGACCAGCACUAAAGGUUCCGGUCCUUGUCCACAACCAGGACACUGUCCAGGAGGGGUCCAGUGCUCCAGGAGCAGCACUUCCACUUGCACCUCCCAGAGGCCACUUAGCAGCCGAAAUCCACCCGAACCCCCUUCCUGACCCAGUAGUCUUCAGCCUCCAGGAUCCUCUGCAUGAUUCUCCUGCCCCUGAAGCAUCUGCCCUUUCCCAGGAAGAGAAUCCACGAAAUCAAUUAAUGGCACUUAUGCUCCUGACAGCCCAGCCGCAGGAGUUGGUAAUGUUUGAGGAGGUAUCGGUGUGCUUCACCUCAGAGGAGUGGGCCUGUCUGGGCCCAAUCCAGAGGGCCUUAUACUGGGAUGUGAUGCUGGAGAAUUACGGAAAUGUUACCUCUCUAGAAUGGGAGUCAAUGAUGGAGAAUGAGGAGGCAACACCGAAGCUGAGUAUCUCUCCAAGGACCGACUCUCAGAGAGGAACAGCAAAAAGACUUGAAGAAGGCGUUCCCCAGGUUCUUGAGGUUGAAGAAGAGUGCGAGUGGCAAGUUUUGCCAAAUCAGUUGGGAAAUGAAACUGGGGAAAGAAUAGAUACAGUGAAGAAAGUUUCCAUUUGUGAACAAGACAAGAAGAAAAGGGUACCAUCCGAAAAACAGGGCCAGAAGGGGAAGGUGGAUGGAGAAAGCGUGACUUUAGCUCCAGCUAUUUCUGACAGCUUAAUUGGUACUGACGGAAAGAAGUUUUAUAAAUGUGAUACAUGUUGUAAACAUUUUAAUAAAAUCUCCCAUCUUUUAAACCAUCAGAGAAUCCACACUGGUGAAAAACCUUAUAAAUGUAAGGAAUGUGGAAAAGGCUUUAUUCAGUGCUCGAGCCUUAGAAUGCACUUGCGGAACCAUUCUGGGGAGAAACCUUACAAAUGUAAUGAAUGUGGGAAAGCAUUCUCUCAGAGCGCCUAUCUCCUGAACCAUCAGAGGAUCCAUACUGGAGAGAAGCCUUACAAAUGUAAGGAGUGUGGGAAGGGCUUCUAUAGGCACUCAGGUUUGAUUAUACAUCUACGCCGCCACUCAGGGGAGAGACCUUUUAAAUGUAAUGAAUGUGGGAAGGUUUUCUCCCAAAAUGGUUACCUUGUUGACCAUCAAAGGCUCCACAAAGGAGAAGAGCCUUACAAGUGCAACAAGUGCCAGAAAGCUUUCAUUCUGAAGAAGAGCCUCAUUCUACAUCAGAGAAUCCACUCUGGGGAGAAACCUUAUAAAUGUGAUGAAUGUGGAAAAACCUUUGCUCAAACCACCUACCUUGUUGACCAUCAGCGACUCCACAGUGCAGAGAACCCUUACAAAUGUAAAGAGUGUGGUAAAGUCUUCAUUCGAAGUAAAAGCCUCCUUUUGCACCAACGAGUCCACACAGAAAAGAAAACCUUUGGUUGUAAAAAAUGUGGAAAGAUUUUCAGUGCUAAAUCAAACCUCAUUGACCACAAGAGGAUGCACAGUCGAGAGAAGCCCUACAAAUGCACUGAGUGUGGGAAAGCCUUCACACAGAGCGCUUACCUCUUUGACCACCAGAGACUGCACAAUGGAGAGAAACCCUAUGAGUGUAAUGAGUGUGGGAAAAUUUUCAUUCUAAAGAAGAGCCUCAUUUUACAUCAGAGGUUCCACACUGGAGAGAACCUCUAUGAAUGUAAAGACUGCGGCAAGGUCUUUGGUUCUAACAGAAAUCUCAUUGACCAUAAGAGACUCCACAAUGGGGAAAAGCCAUAUGAAUGUCGGGAGUGUGGGAAAACCUUUAUCAUGAGCAAAAGUUUCAUGGUCCAUCAGAAACUACACACCCAGGAGAAAGCAUACAAGUGUGACGAUUGUGGGAAGGCUUUCAGUUACAAUUCAAGCCUUCUUGUACACCGGAGAAUCCACACUGGAGAAAAGCCCUUUGAGUGUAGUGAGUGUGGGCGAGCAUUCAGCUCAAACAGAAACCUCAUUGAACAUAAGAGAAUCCACAGUGGUGAGAAGCCCUAUGAGUGUAAUGAGUGUGGCAAAUGCUUCAUUCUGAAGAAAAGCCUCAUUGGACAUCAGAGGAUUCACACACGGGAAAAAUCUUACAAAUGCAAUGACUGUGGGAAAAUCUUCAGUUACCGCUCCAACCUGAUCGCUCACCAAAGGAUCCACACUGGGGAGAAGCCCUAUGCAUGUAAUGAGUGUGGGAAAGGCUUUACCUACAACAGAAACCUCACUGAACAUCAGAGAAUUCACAGUGGGGAAAAAACGUAUGAAUGCCAUAUAUGUAGAAAAGUUCUUACCUCUAGUCGAAACCUUAUGGUACAUCAAAGAAUCCACACUGGUGAGAAACCUUAUAAAUGUAAUGAAUGUGGAAAAGACUUUAGUCAGAAUAAAAACCUUGUGGUGCAUCAGAGAAUGCACACCGGGGAAAAACCUUAUGAGUGUGAGAAGUGCAGGAAAUCCUUCACUUCUAAGAGAAAUUUGGUCGGCCACCAAAGAAUCCACACAGGGGAGAAACCUUAUGGGUGUAAUGAUUGUAAUAAAGUUUUUAGGCAAAGAAAAAACCUUACUGUACAUCAGAAAGUUCAUACAGAUGAAAAGCCCUGUGAAUGUGUUGAGUCUGGAAAAGAAUUCUCUCAGACUUCGAACCUUCAUCUUCAAAAAAUACAUGUGCAGGAGUUCUCCUGGCUACAGAAUACAAAGUACUACUUCGCGGCUCCCGCCCCGAGUGCGCCCUCCAGGACCGCCCCUGCCUGCCUGCGGACGUCACGCCCGCCUCUCUCCCGGAGCGCUCUAGCUCCCUUACUGGCCCUGGGACCGUGGACAACCACCGAGAAGGGUCUUCCGAGAUUCCUAGAGAGGCCAGCUGGAGGCCGGGAGCCGGAAGCUCAGUCGCGACACUUCCGUUCUGCUCAUUGUUCUCUCGCCGGCUGGAGUGGAUCUAGGUACGACCGCGUCUUCUGCAGAGCCGGCCGGCGUCUUGCACGCAGGCAGGGCCCAUCCUGGGAAGAAACUCAAGAAGAAGCUUUUGAAGUUUACAGGUUCGAUGGGGCUUGACCUCUCCUGGGCAGCCCC